AAAAAAGCAAACAGCUGGUCAGGUGGCUGUUUAGCAUUUGUCAAUGAGCGGAGUGAUUGUAUUUAAAUCAGUUUGGGCAGAGGGCUGGAAGAGAGCUAGACAAGGUUGAGAGCUUCAUGUAGAUGGUGUUUGACAAUGGAUUAUUUCCAGGAGCGUUUUGUGGUUCCCACUCUGGUGUUGGCGGGCUGGAUAUUGGGCUGCGCCAUCGUGGUCUACUAUGUCUUCUCCUGAGCACAGAAGUAUGGGGCAGGGUCUGAAAGGCGGCUGGAGCCAUAUUCCGGGAAUCCAUGUGGGUCUGUAGCAGCUUCCUGGGCCAGCCUCAGAUUGUAAAUAUGCUUUGUAGAUUAAUGAAGUGCAAUGUGUUAUUGAUCCUGUAGAAAACAGCAUGGAGAUGUUUAUUAAAAUGUAUUUAUUAUA